AUGGUUAUCACUAGAGGUAGUGCAGCAAAAAGGAAAAAUUUAAGUCCAGGAACUGCUAUAAAGAAAGUUAAAGAAUCACUAAUGCUUACAGCCGACGAUCCAAGGCAAAACCCCAACACAGAUGAAAUCAAUAUUGAUAUAAAAAUUACCAAAAAAUCAAAUAAAAUAAAAUACACAAUUGACGAUGACAAUGAUACAGAUAAUGCUUAUCAAACACCAAAAGUGAACAAAAACCAAAGGCUUUUUAAUAACUCAGAUAAGCCAGUGUCAAAAAGUGUUCCGCCAAAAAGGCUUGAAGAAAGCAGCUCAGAUGCUAAUUCUGAAAGCAGAUACCCACCUAGAAAUAGAAAACCUACUAAAAAAAUGAUUCAGCUAUUAGAAAGCGGAUCAUAUAAACUCAGGCAAAAACAAAGACCUUUGCAAACUAUUAAAAGAGUUUCUAAAAUCAAAGAAAACUCGUACAAGUUUAGAGAUUACAUAGAGAUCAGCAAUUUAGAAUGAAUUGGAAAUCCAGAGGUAAAAUACACAAGAGGAGGAAAAGACCUAAUUUUUUACGAGAAAAUAAGAAAUAACUUAUCACAAGAAGAAUUCAGCCAAGGAGACAUUAUUGAGAUUUAUCCUGUUGACAGCCAAAAUCCUAUACAUGCGGAUAUCAUAUUUCUAUUUGAUGACAGCGGAGAACAAAAAGCAGAAGUCCGUCUAAUUCAUGGCCCAAAAAAUUCACUGGUUGAAUCUUAUGAGUGUAUUAUCAUUCAAAUCACAAAAUUUUACCAAAAAGUAGAAUUCACCCCUGAAAAUGGCUAUUUAUGCAACACCAUAAAAACAUUUGAAGGAUCAAUAAAGAAUGUGAAUCCAAACGAAAGAAGAGAAAGGUCAUUGAACUAUUCAAAACUCUAUUCAGAGCUCUAUCAAAAUAAAAAUCCUUUACUCCAUGCAAUUGCUUUACUAACGCUUUCGUCAGUUCCUUCAAAGCUUGUAGGAAGGGAAAAAGAAGUUGAGGAAAUCACAGAAUUUAUUACAACUUCAAUUAAACUUUUUGGCUCAAAAAAUUCACUAUAUAUAUGUGGAGCUCCUGGGACUGGAAAAACCGCAACAUUUCUAUAUGUGAUAAACUUUUUAGAGAAUAAUCCAGAAUAUUCCGAAAAAUUUCAAUUUGUUUAUAUAAAUUGCAUGAAGCUCAAAAGUCCGAAAGAAAUUUAUACAGUGCUUUGCCAUGAAAUUUUUGGGUCUCAAAGAUCAAAUAAAAAAUCUAUUGAGAAGCUUUCUGAUUAUUUUAAGAAUGAAAAAAAAGAGCAUCUUAUUGUGCUUUUGCUAGAUGAAAUUGAUGCGCUGCUUAAUAGAAAACAAGAUGUGAUUUAUAAUAUUCUCAACUGGUCAACCCUAAGAAAUUCAAAUUUAAUUACAGCAAGCAUAGCUAAUACAAUGAACUUAGCAGAUGAAUUUUUCCACAAGAUAAAGAGUAGAAUGGGACAAAAGCAACUAGUUUUUGCCCCAUAUACAAGAAAUGAGCUAGACAGUAUUGUAAAAAAGAGACUUGUGGACACUGAAGUUUUCAGCAAAGAAGCAAUUCUUUUUGCAGCUGCCAAAGUAGCUUCAUACUCAGGUGAUGCAAGAAAAAUAUUUCAAGUAUGCAAAAGAGCUGCAUUCAUAGCAAAUGAGCAAAAGCAACCUAUUGUAAAAAUGGAGCACAUCCAAAUAGCUUCUAAACAACUGCUAGCAUCACCUAUUUCACAAAUGAUAAGCCAAUUGCCAUUUUAUUUGAAACUCUUUUUAAUCACUCUUUGCAUAGAUCUAAAAGUAAAUUUACAAGAAACUUCUACGGUGGGGAAAUUAAAAUUUAGGAUUGCUCAAAGUUGUGACUUUUUAGGAAAAGAAAGACUGAAAUUAGUGGAAGUUGAAGAAAUUGCUGGAAGACUGGCAGCUUUUAAAAUCAUUGCAAAAGAGGAGGAUGUUGUGAAAUUUCUUAUAAGUCCUAAUGAAGUAAUUGAUGGGCUGAAAGAAGACGAGUUAAUGAUCAAAUUCGAGUCAUCUCUUUGUGGGAAUUAA